GAUUCUAGGCACGGUUCUCUUUGCCCGGCGUUCGGGUCUACCUCAAGCGGCAGCAACUUUUUCUUUCCCUUUUUUUCCGGUCAUGCCUAUGGCAAUAUGCAAAAGAUCAAUCGGAUCUGUUCUUACUUGGGUUGGCCGUAGCUCCCCUCCCCGCUCGCCGACUGGGAGGGGAGCAUGGGUAGGGAACCCUCUUCAUGAGAGGGGUAGCGUAGCGUGGGCGGGGUUGUUUUUAUUCAUAAUCGUAAAUGGAGCGGCAUUGAGACCGUGGGUGCGGGAUUACAACAGGUCGUUCUCGUCAAGGUCCUAACCUACCGGGUCUAAGAGGAGGAGGAAGAGGCGGCUUCCAGGGAGCAAUUAUCAUUACUAUUGCUAUGAUGAUGAUGAUAUCUUGUCUUCUUUGAACUUGCGCGGUGAUGAGGACUCAAAA